CCCGGGCAGGCCCUGGCCACCUUUGGCGCCAUCGACAUCCUGGUGUCCAACGCCGCCGUCAAUCCUCACCUGGGCCCCGCCCUCGAGGCCGACGAGGCCACCUGGGACAAGGUGUUCCAGGUGAACGUGACGGCGGCGGCCAUGUUGGUUCGGCUGGUGGUGCCGCACAUGGAGAAACGGGGGGGCGGGGCCAUCGUGGUGAUGUCAUCGAUCGCGGGGUACCGGCCAAUGGCGGUGAGCGGGACUGGGAGGGACUGGGAG